CCAUCGGGGCCUCCAUUGCAUAUCCAAGUGUUCCCAUUGAGCGCCCGAUCACUGGCCGUGACGUUCAGUCCGCCGGCACUCGAGGCCCGUAACGGCCGUAUAGUUGGCUAUUAUUUAGGCUAUAAAGCGCUGGAUAUGGACUCGAAUUACAUGUUUAAAAAGUUGUCGAUAAAUGAGUUGUCAAACGCUGGGAACCAACAAAACGAAGUGAACAUCACAUCCCUGUCCGCCAACACUAAGUACGCGGUUGUUGUCCAGGCAUUCAACGGUAAGGGAACAGGACCCCAGUCUGAAGAGGUUUAUGGCCAGACACUAGUGAUGGACAGGCCGUCGGCGCCCCUCCUAUCUCAAGGGGACGUCGGGUACGACUGGAUUGAGAUCGUGUGGACCUUUCCCUCUGAGGCUAACCUAACGGUGGCUUUGAGUCAAAUCAACGGCUAUUAUGUGUUUUCCAAAAGCCAUUCAUCCGUUUGGAUGGAGAGACAGAUCCGCAUCAAAACCAACGCCUAUACCAGUAAUGAUCUGCUCUGCGGAACAUUAUAUCAGUAUUAUGUGGUGGCAUAUAAUGCAAUGGGAAAGGGAGAUGCCAGCGAUUCAAUUGCCAUUAAAACUAAAGGAUCAACACCUGUACCCCCAAAACAUGUCAAUGAAUUCUUGAUGGUGAACACUACGUGGGCGCACAUCCAACUCGACGCCUGGCAUUCAAACGGCUGUCCCAUCAAAGAGUUUCUCAUACGAUAUCGAGUGACUAAAUACGAGACCGAGUGGUCAGAAGUGUCGGCA